ACAGCAGCUCUUGUAGAGGAAAUAGACAAGUUGGUUCGGCUCAAUGGUGACGGAUUUUACUCAGUAUUGACACAAGAGUUAGAAACAGAAGAGACGAGUCAAGAUGUGCAUGAAGAGAUUCAGCACUUGUCUGUAAUAUAUGACACUUUAGGAGGAGCAGCUGGAAUUAUAGGAUGGAUUUUCUUUGUUUCACUUGUUAUUUACAAUGAAGGAAGGGACAAAAUCUUGAGUUUUGGGACAACAUUUGCAGCACUUGCGUGGUUUAUGGUCUAUCUAAGACAUGUUCUCAGUCCAGAUGUUGCUAUACCACUAAAUUUGGCCCUGAUGACAUCACUAGCAAUCGUAUUUACAAUAGGCCCCAAACCAAUCAAUGAAUUUAACACGAGUCGAGACAUAUUAAACCAGUUAAAAAAAAUUUGUGCAUUACUAUGUUUCCCAUAUAUUCUGGUUACAGCUCUGGUCUUGGGAACAAUUUUCAGCGUCAGGUCGUGGUCAGAUGUGCUCAUAGCGUGUCACGCGGCUCCUGGAGUCAAAUACGGGGCAUAUGCAUCCAUACUUUACAAUCAAACUAUUAGACAUGAAUCUCCAGUCUCUGCACUCUGGUCAUUUCUGUUUUGUACCAUUGGGGCGAAACUCUCAAUGGGGGUUUACAAUGAAAUCACUCACAAUCUUCUCAUAUGUUGCAUCAUUACGUUAUUUUCCUGUCAUUAUAAACUAUAAUUUUGUGACAAAAGCAAAGAAAUAUAAUGACCUUAAGUUUAUAAAUUUACUCAGAAUUAACAUUCUGAAAGCCUACUGUCGCACUAGCAGUAAUAUGAGACAGAGAUGGUAAUACUGUGGUUUACCUGGGUACUAAUUGAUCACCUGAUUCCGGUAGAGAUUCUCUAAAGAUUAUUUGCAGCAGCUUACAUACAUUGUUAAUAUGAUGUAAAUGUUUGCAAGGCCUCACCAUGGAGAGUUUAUUUUGAUGGGCACACCAUGCGGCCAGUCACAUGGGAGGACAGACUAGGAUCAUACCGUUAUCUGAAAGAAGGAAGGGGGACACGCUCCGAAGAUAGCGAGUGUACUGGUACAGGCCAGGUACGCAGAGCGACAGAGAGAGCCAGAUUUAAAUGUAAACGCGUUGGGAAAAAGUGAAGAAAUGAGCGAAAACCGAAAAAGAAGCAGCAUCUGGCUGAAUUUAUUUGCCUUAUGCCUUUAUUUAUUUGAUUUGUUUGCUGUGGUUAGGUGUUCAAUUGUUCAAUUAAAGUUUAUUAAAAUGUUAAAUAAUAUUAACUGUGUAUUUUUUGUAACGAAAAAAUGCAUAGAAAUAAGGCUUUUAUGAAAACACUAAAUAUAAAAAAAUGCUUACCAACACACAAACCAUUCACAAUUGCUAAAUUGGGCUAAAAUAGAAGGCUCCAAGUGAUACUAAAUGAAGAGCCAUUUGGGAGCCAUAGGAGCCGAACCAAAAGAGCCGAAUCUUUGAAAAGCCGGACUACCCAUCACUCGUAACUAGGGAUGCACCGAUGUAUCAGCUGCUGAUAUUUAUCGGCCGAUUUUUGCUCAAUUUACAACCAUCAGCAUAUCGGCUGUAGCAGGAAAAAAGCCGGUAUAACAAACCGAUGGUUUAUAAAUGAACUGCGUGAAGGCACUGAGCUGUAUAAUGACUGUUGUGUAAUCCUAGCGCUGCUGUCUGCGCUUUAAUGUUAAUCAAAUAACAAAAUAUCGCACACUAUUAGUGAUUAAAUAACUUUUGUAACUUUCAUAAGUGUAGCGAACCCCAUCCGAAUGAUGACCAAACCUUUACUGAUGUUUUAUUAAGUUUAUUGCGUCUGUUUUCACUCCAAAAAAAUCACCACAAAAGCUAAACAAUACAACUCUCUCUCUCUCCAUUGCAUUAUCGUCCACAUACAGCGAAUUACACAAAACACUUAUUACAACUAACAGUUUACAAAUACAUACGGAUCUUAUGCCUUUUCGGGGGAUGCUUAAUAAACCGACAAACUUUAAAUCUGCAAAAUAACUCUGAAGAACUGCGUGCUCUCCUUGUCAGUCCAUAGACUAGAACACCUGUCAAAAUAAGAGUCCCGCCUUAGUAAAGGAGAUCUCAUACAUAUUUAAACUUACAAAAAAUAUUAAAAUGUAUACAAAAACAAAUUAGAACAUUAAUCACAAUAAAGUCUGUUACAAUAAAGAAGGAUUAAUAUGUAUUUAUACAGUGAAGAAUAUGCAGUGCUAUUUUACAUUUGUUUACUUUAUUUCAGUACCUGAAAACUAUUAAACCUACCUAAAAAGCACUGUUUAUUUCAUAUGCAUCUAUGUUCUGUUGUCUUUAUGUAGACCUGCUGAUUGUUAAAUGGAUCCAAUCCAUGUUCAUUAGAAAUUAUUUGAUGAUGCAGCAAUAAACCUGCUAGUAUAUUUUAAUGCAAGGGUUUUUGAACUUUGCUUAUUUAAAACAUGAUCAAAAUACUAUCUAUUUUGAUGACAAAAUUUCACAUAGAAGAAGAAGUGACAAAUAUCGGUAUCGGCCAAUAAUUGUUUGUUAAAAUCGGUAUCAGUAUCGGCCCCCCAAAAAAUCAUAUCGGUGCAUCCCUACUCGUAACUGUUACAAGUAAUGCGUGUUACAUAAUCAGAUUACUUUUUACCAAAUAACUAGUUGUCACGGUUUGAGUUUUGUUCAUGUUUAGAGUUUGUGUUUUGAUCUGUUCUGUGCUUGUCUGUUUCUAGGUUGGUUUUCUUGUUUUGUUAAUUAGUCCAGUAUUAAUCCGUUCUCCCCUUGAUUGUUUCCAUGGUCACUGAUUGCUUUAGUAUUCUGUUCAGGUGUGUCUUGUCUAUUUUCUAGUUAGUUCCUCAGUUCACUGUGUAUUUACGACCUGUACCUUAUGAAGAUCCUGGCCGAGAGAGGCUACAGCUUCACCAUCACAGCUGUGAGUGAGUAAUCAGCCAGUGUGCCAGCCACAGAACCUGUUCCCAUGAGUGUAUUACCUGAGCUUGUUCCCGUGAGUAAAUUAGAGAAUUGGGUAGUGCUGUAUGUCCCCGGCCAUAGUGGGCGGGCCAAGGGUCAAGGCCACAGAGGCCGAUUCGCCAUGGCCCCCUGAACUGCCUGAGCCGCCAUGGUCCCCUUCAGCCUGAGGCUUAUUCACUUCACAUUUGGUGUGAAAGGGCCUUUACAUAUACCAAAAAUAAAGCCCAGCUGAGGUGAGAAAAAGUAACACAAAAGUAAUGUAACACAUUACUUUCUAGAAAAAGUAACUAAGUAACUCAAUUAGUUACUUUAAGGAGUAACGCAAUAUUGUCAUGCAUUACUUUUAAAAGUAACUUUCAUGAACACUGCUUACCAAAAAUGCGAAACAGUGCUGUAUGCUGGGUGUACAUAUGGUGAUAUUUUAACCAGCUGAGAAAUAACAAACAGCUUAUAAAAUGCGUAAAGGAUUCAAAAGGAAUUUCUCUGUUGCACACAAAUGAAGAUCUGCUGCAAGGAGACGGCGGUUCUGAUGCCUGUACCGAUGUCAACAUACUGAAGCUCCUAUGACGAGAAGAACCAGGUGCGCUGGAGCAUUCUGUCCUUUUAGGGUCACAUCUGGUGACAUUACGUCCUGUUUUUGUUUCAUUAGGUUCUCAGUGCUGUGUUUCAGUUGAACCGCACCAGAGUUCAUUUGGAAGUAGACCAAGAUCCCCUGGAAAUGUGGGUCUCGGUCCACUUGUUAGGUGCGCACCAGGGUUUGGAUGGCAGCGUUCACACUUACUCAGAUGAACCGCACUGCAGAGCAAUCGCACUAGAGUUUGUUUUAAACACCUGGCACAAUCACCUAGUCACAAUCUGGAGCCUAGCCCAAUAAAAAAAGAAUAAAAAAACAACAACAACAAAAAAAACCCCCUGUCAUUCUGGUUCAGUAUCUAAUCAAAGAUCUUAACCCACACUUGUCGAGUAUAGUUGUCUUAGCAAAGCAAGAGACAGGACAGAACUACAUUUACAGUGUUUCUAAAGACUGUUGUACGAUGAAAUCAACCAAGACAAAACACAAGCUGCUUUUUACACUGAUUCUGGUGUUUCACGUCAUGUCUGUACAAGCUGAAGAUUGUAAAAUGAAAUUAACCAAGAAUAAACCAAACUGGCUCCUUAUACUGAUGAUUGCAUUUCACAUCACAUCUUCAGAAGCUUCUCGUGAUGGUGACGUGAGAAUCCUGAUUGUGGGAAUCCGAAGUGACUCCAGAUUCAGCGCUGCAGAUAUUCUGUCAGGAAGGAGGACAGAGAGAUUGUAAAGACUCCAGUAGUGUCUCAUACCAGCUACAGAGCGAACGCACAGAAUAACAUUAUAACAUUCAACACACUCAAAUGUAACACACUCUGCUUCAUACCACAGUCCUGUCGGAUUGCUUUCCAUCGGCUGUGGAGGUGAAGACGACAAUUCCCAUGAUUCCACGCUCAUUCACAGCAUCAUCAAGCUAAGCCUUUGUUAUUGUUCUUAAUAAGUGACCUCUAGCAGCAAAACUUACAUACUUUUCCUUUAAUUUGCCCAUACAAAAAACCUGUCAUACUGGUUUACUAUCUAGUCAAACAUUUAAAUCAUUGUCAAGCAAAGCAAAAGACAGGACAGAAUUACACUUACAGCAUUUCUAAAUAAACUGACCGUUGUACGAUGAAAUCAACCAAGACAAAACACAAGCUGCUUUUUACACUGAUUCUGGCAAUUCACAUCAUGUCUGUACAAGCUGAAGCUUCUCGUGAUGAUGACGUGAGAAUCCUGAUUGUGGGAAUCCGAGGUCACUCCAGAUUCAGCGCUGCAGAUAUUCUGUCAGGAAGGAAAGACGGUGGACAGGAGGACAGAGAGAUUGUAAAGACUCCAGUAAUUACAGACGAGGGUCGUAGAAUGAUGCUGGUCACUGGACCAAACCUCUGUGAGGAGGACACAGCGAGACAGAGCUUCACAACAGCGCUGUUUCUCUCGUCUCCUGGACCUCACGCCGUUUUAAUGGUCCUGAAUCUGGAAGAUGAAGCGUCAGAACAGUGUGAUAUUGUGAAACGAGCCCAGGAGCUGCUGGGAGCAGAAGUUCUGCAGUACUGCAUUGUUCUUCUGCACCAGGAACGUUUCACAGGAGCGUCCAGAGGGAUCGCUGGAGAAAUGAUCAACGCAUGUGGAGGCAGAUUUCACAUGAUAAGAGACUCUGAACCCAAACCUGCUCAAACAGCAGCUCUCGUAGAGGAAAUAGACAAGUUGGUUCGGCUCAAUGGUGACGUAUUUUACUCAGUAUUGACACAAGAGUUAGAAACAGAAGAGACGAGUCAAGAUGUGCAUGAAGAGAUUCAGCUCUUGUCUGUAAUAUAUGACACUUUAGGAGGAGCAGCUGGAAUCAUAGGAUGGAUUUUCCUCGUUUCACUUAUCACUCUUGUUGUUUACACUGAAGGAAGGGACAAAAUCUUGAUUUUUGGGGCAAAAUUUACAGCACUUGCAUUGUUUAUGGUCUAUCUAAGACAUCUUCUGAGUCCAGAUGUUGCUAUACCACUAAAUUUGGCCUUGGUAUCAUCACUAGUAACUAUAAUUACAAUAGACCGCAGACACAGAAUAAUCAAAGAUUUUAAUUUUAGCAGAAGUAGCAGCAGUCCAGACAGAAAUAUCAUAGGAGAUUUCAUAGUAAAUAUUUUCAUUUAUCUAAUACUUUUUUACGCAGAAUUAAUGUCUUUACCAUUUUUUCUGGGUUCAGCUCUGGUUUUGGGAACACUUAUCAGCGUCAGGUCGUGGUCAGAUGUGCUCAUAGCGUGUUACGCGGCUCCUGGAGUCACAGCUGGGGCUUAUGCAUUCACAUUUCAACAUGAAAAGAUUAGUCGUGAAUCUCCAGUCCUUGUGCUUGGGUCAUUUCUGUGUUGUAUCAUUGGGGCGACACUCUCAAUGGGGUUUGUUACUGUGUUUGCUCUGCUUGAUGUGACAGUAAUGCUGCUAAUGUUUGGAUUUACAAUGGCAUGUUGGCAUUUAAAGAGUGAAACUCUAGGGAAUGUGAUCAGUUUAACUGGUCCUACACUGUUUUUUUCAUGUGGCUGUGUGCUCAUUGGUUCAGUCUUUCUUAUUUUAGGGCUGAUUAUGAGUUUUCUCAAAGUAAUUAUACAAAACAUGGUCUGUUCUAACUUGUUUUAUGUAGCACUAUUUUUAGGAUCAUUAAUAGUAAUUUGGAGAGGAAACGGCAACAACACCAAAUGACACUAUAUUGUGUGUGUGUUUACAUAUUAUACACACAAAUACAUAUAAAUUUUACAUUUGUAUAAAUAUAACAGGAAAAAAGCAAUUGACCACAAAAUGUGGCUAAUAAUACUGAUGAUGUGACUACUGUCUACAGACUACUGUGGCAGUAACAUGGUACAGAGAUGGCAAUACUGUCGUUUAGGCUACAUAGGUAUAAUUUCUUCUCUUCUUUUCAAAACAGUUUGAAGACGUCUGGGCAUCGAGGUUAUGAGUUUCUGGAGUUUUGGUGUUGGAAUUUGGUCCCAUUCUUGCCUGAUAUAGGUUUCCAGCUGCUGAAGAGUUAGUGGUCAUCUUUGAUGUAUUUUUCAUUUAAUGAUGCGCCAAGUGUUCUCUAUAGGUGAAAGAUCUGGACUGCAGUCAGGCCAAUUCAGCACCCGGACUCUUCUACAAUGAAGCCAUGCUGUUGUAAUAGCUGCAGUAUGUGGUUUUGCAUUGUCCUGCUGAAAUACACAAGGCCUUCCCUGAAAUAGACGUCAUCUGGAGGGUUGCUUUAUAUACCUUUCAGCAUUCAUAGUGCCUUCCAAAACAUGCAAGCUGCCCAUACCAUAUGCACUUAUGCACCCCCAUACCAUCAGAGAUGCUGGCUUUUGAACUGAACGCUGAUAACACGCUGGAAGGUCUCCCUCCUCUUUAGCCUGGAGGACACGGCGUCCGUGAUUUCCAACAAGAAUGUCAAAUUUGGAUUCGUCUGACCCACAGUCCAUUUUAAAUGAGCCUUGGCCCACAGGACACAACGGCGCUUCUGGACCAUGUUCACAUAUGGCUUCCUUUUUGCAUGAUAGGGCUUUAGUUGGCAUCUGCAGAUGGCACGGCGGAUUGUGUUUACCGACAGUGGUUUCUGGAAGUAUUCCUGGGUCCAUUUAGUAAUGUCAUUGACACAAUCAUGCCGAUGAGUGAUGCAGUGUCGUCUGAGGGCUCGAAGACCACGAGCAUCCAAUAAAGGUCUUCGGCCUUGUCCCUUAUGCACAGAGAUUUCUCCAGUUUCUCUGAGUCUUUUGAUGAUGUUAUGCACUGUAGAUGAUGAGAUUUGCAAAGCCUUUGCAAUUUGACGUUGAGGAACAUUGUUUGUAAAGUAUUCCACAAUCUUUUUCUCACUCUUUCACAGAUUGGAUAGCCUCUGCACAUCUUUACUGAGAGACUCUGCCUCUCUAAGACAUCCCUUUUAUAGCUAAUCAUGUUACAGACCAGAUAUCAAUUAACUUAAUUAGUUGCUAGAUGUUCUCCCAGCUGAAUCUUUCCAAAAUGUAUUGCUUUUUCAGCCAUUUUUUGCCCCCGUGCCAACUUUUUUGAGACCUGUAGCAGGCAUCAAAUUUGAGAUGAGCUCAUUUAGUGGAUAAAAUUGUAAAAAUUUCUCAGUUUAAACAUUUGUUAUGUUAUCUAUGUUCUAUUGUGAAUAAAAUAUUGGCUCAUGUGAUUUGAAAGUCUUUUAGUUUUCAUUUUAUUCAAAUUUAAAAACACGUCCCAACUUUUCUUGCUGUUUUUAGUGAUUGAAAUCACUGCAGGUGCUGUUUAUGGAUCACAGGUGCAUCUUGUUCAUAUAUUUUACUUUUUAAGAUGGAAAAUCGACAGGCUUAUGCUGCAGUUACAUGUCUGUUUUGGCCUCCAGGGCUCUGCAACAGUCACGUGACUGAAAACUAUGAAUAAGUGGACAUACGACUCCC